UGCAAUCCGUAAAACAUAUUAAUGCGAAUAACUAGUUAACAGAUAAGACAUUCGUAAAGCGUUAACUAAGAAGGGGCUCGUUUCUUCCUCCGCAGAUAGUCUGAUUUUCAAGCGUUGAACGCGCAUCAGUACUCGCGACAUUUGAGCCAAGUGGUAUCGAUAAUUUCUGCAAAAUGUUUUCACACAAAGUAUCGUGUUUAUUUUUAAUCGCAUAUUUUGCUAUUGUUUAUUCUCAGCAAGAAUUACCUCCUUACGUAAAACAAUGCCGAGAAGAUGAUCCACUGCUGGCCGAUUGUAUCAUUAAAGCCAUCGAUCAUUUGAGACCUUACUUGAAAACUGGAAUUCCAGAGAUACAAUUACCAGCUGUAGAACCUUUCAAAAUUGAUUCGUUGUCCUUAGCAUUGACGAACGGUCCCAAUGGAUAUAAAAUAACUUUGAGAGAUAUAGACGCAUUCGGUGCUAGUAAUUUCCAAAUAAGUAAAAUUAAGUUAAGAAACGGCAAUGCUCCUUUCGAAGUGAAAAUCAAAAUACCAAAAAUGGUUUUGGAUGCUAAAUACACUAGUACUGGUAUUUUAAUUGUUAUUCCUGCUAAUGGAAAUGGAACAUUCCACGCUGAAUUGGGUGAUGUAAUGGCAAUAGGAAAAGGAAUUAUGUCCAGCACAUUCCGAGACGGACAAGAAUUUUUCAAAUUAGAUAGAUUAGACAUAGAUCUAGAUAUAAAAGAUGUUAAGAUGCACGUAAGAAAAAUUUUCAACAAUAAUAGAAUUCUAGUGGAAGCCACAAAUCUAUUUUUAAGAGAAAAUGGUCAAGAAGUAUUGAAAGUCAUGAUGCCUCAACUGAGAGUAAAAUUGAUCAACAUCUUCAUGGACAUAAUCAAUCAACUAUUGAAAAACGUUCCUGCAAAAAUGAUUUACAUAAGAUCUAAUCCAACCACCACCACUACCACUACCACAAGCGCACCUCUACUAUCUAGUACCUCAAAUUCAACCCACAAUCAUUCUAGCUGAGCGGCGAUGAUAGGCUUGUUGUGUUAGUCAGACUGGCACUUGAAAUAAAGCAACCAAAUUAUAUGUAUGGUAAAGGCAACGAGGGUAUGCACUGAAAAUAUGUAUAUUAUACUAUACGUAUUAUAUUACCAAAUAUCUACGUACGUUGGCCUAUUUCGUACCUAAUACGAGUACGUACUGCAACGUAUAGGCCUUCGCGAACGUCAACUUUUCUUCCCAGAGAUGCAGUUCUGAGUUCUGAGAAUCUAUUCAAAUUGCAUUCGUGUACUUGAUCUCAACAUGUUGUAAUAAAGUUCGUUUUCCUUUUCAUUCGACAACACUGUCACUGAAUGCAUUUUCUAAGUUAUAAUUUACAUAGGUAAUACAUUUACCUUUCUACCUAUCAUCGUAGUUCUAAAAUACAUAAAAUCUAGGCCAAUGUAAUUUAGUUUAGCUAUUGUAAGGUAGGUAUUUUUUUUUUUUUUUUUUAGAUACAUCACAUUUUUUGUACCAUUUUGUUUUUGAUCUUUGGAUAAGAAAAUAUAUCGUUGAAAAUGAUUAA